GGUAUACACUACAGCCUGAGGUAUACACUGCGGCCUGAGGUAUACACUCCGGCCUGAGGUAUAUAUUCUGCCUGAGAUAUGUAUCCUGCCUGAGGUAUGUAUCCUGCCUGAGGUAUACAUUACUGCCUUACGAGAAACCUAUUCAUUCUCCUUCGUUGUCCACACAAAGGAUCUUUCGGACGCAUACCUAUGCACUCCGACGACAUGCUUCGAGCGUCCCGCCCCGACUUCAAGUACUGUGUCCGAAGCCCGAGCUCGGCGUCUCAAUCUUGCGGAGAACAAACCACAUCACCUGGAGGGGACCAUCCACAGGUGACUUGCGUGGGAAACAAAGCCACAAACGAUCUUUCGCACGUGCCGCUCCUGGGUGCCUUUUCCUUCUUCCUCCAUCAUUCCCUUACGAGCCAUCAAUGACUCCACGUCGCAUUCCUCUCAGCAUGCUGGACUCAGACGAAGAAAUGAAGCCCCCGAGCGAGAUGAGUCUCUCAUCAACACCAGAGCUCUCUACCACUCUACCAAUAACUCCUCCAAAGGAACGAGAGGCGUCUCAACAAGAGCCAGAAUCAGCGGCCGACCUCACCCUCACACUCCCGAACACAGACGCAAAGCUGAAACUCAAGCGCAAGAAGAAGCUCGCGCACGGCAAAAAUUGCGCACAAGUCUGGAAAGUUGUUGUGAUGAAAGAUGCUGCCAACCCAGAUGGAGUGUUAGGCUUCCGCCCAGGACAGGUUCUUGUCGUCAAGAUUUUCAGUACGAAGUACUAUGCAACACCCUUUACUGAUAAUGAGUCCGGUUCGAUUACACGUUCUGAUGUCGUAGAAGCCUUGAAAGCUGCAAACAGUCAAGAGGUCACCGCCCUACAACGUUGCAAUGAGGAGAGUGUAACUCCAAUAUUCUACGCUAACUUUGAUGAUGAUGCUCAUCCCUAUCCCUACCCAAGAGAGGAAUUCCACAAAGUUGUUGUCAUGGAAUACAUCAAAGGGUGCCAUCUCGACAAGCUUCAAGCGUCCCCCGAAACUAAACGAAAGGUUAUGAUAAAAAUUAUCGACGGCGUCUCGAACCUUUGGAAGAAUGGCAUCUGCAUUAGGAACAUUCCACCACGCAACAUUAUCCUCCGAGAAACUUCGUCCUCUGAGCUUAUUCCUGUCAUUACUGAUUUUGCCGAAACCGAACUCUUCGAUGACUCCGAAACUCGCCCUCACCCUAUUACCUACUGGAUGCAUCAACGCGAAUACGCCGAGCUAGGUUACAUCGAAAAGCCUAUCGAAAAAGCGUAUGCCUGGCUCUGCGGUGAGUACGGAAGUCAAGGUACAAUCCAGGGCUGUAAGGCUCGGCAGUUGGAAGGCUACGAAAAGGACGACCCCGUUCCACCAAGGCCAUCGUUCUUCCACGCCAACUUCUGGAUCAAAGAGAUGCACGAGGGUCAUGACAGUGUGUACUGCCAUUGGAUGAGGAAGCUGGACGAUGAGCAACGCAAAGAAGCUGAAACACAGAGAGACGAGACUUUACAAACAGGCAACAUGGUCCGCGUCUGAUUGAGUAAUGAGUUGGACAAAAGGAAUCUUAAACCAGUAGGACUACGCCCAGGCUCUACUUCGAGCUCUGUUGCAUGCCGUCCUUGAGCUUCGUAGCCGACAACGUGUUUAGUCGUGUGUAGAAUACAGACGUAAAUGCUAUGUGCGCGCGCAAUCAUCUAUAGAUAUUAACCCCACUUCUUCGUUUCAACGCUUGUGGUAGACUUCAGCCUGCGGUUGGCUUCGUCUUGGCCACAUCGUACUUAGCAUCUGGAUGAGGUGAGGUUCCCGUCAUCUGAUCACAUGAUAAUUCGGUGUCUACUGUCAGGGGAUUCAGGCAGAGUGUGUUGUAUGAGCACGCAUUUAUUCACAUGCGAAGUGUGGCCUGAUUAGCAACGUGACGUCCGGUCGUGCUCAUGUUGUCUGAGGCCGAAUUUCUCGGAAGCCUUCACCUUGAUACUUGAGCAGCUGUC